AUGAGAAUGAACGAACUCGGUCUAGCGCAAAAGGAGAGAAGAAUAAGCAAAUGGAUCAGAGCAAUUAGCGAGACUCAGAGUGAUUGCAAGCUAUGCUCACUCGGCAAGUGCAGAAUCAGAGUGAGUCAAGCGAGAGGGAAGCUAGUGAGAGAGAAUCCAAGUGAGCUAGCAAGAAUGAGGACUAUACCGACAAUCAAGGCGAUAGAGAGGGCACUCAGUCGUCAGUCUAGCGACUCUACCGCCCAGCAAGCAACUGAACUCGCUAAUCAGAGACUGAGACGGACACGAGCUCAGUCGUGCCAUAAGGAAAAGACAAAGGAAGAAGGCGACUGGAAAAAAGAAUAA